AUGACCCGGGGCAAGUUCAACAGAGACUUGGAUGCAGCCUCCCAGCAAGCCGUUGAGCAUAUCUCCGGCCUCAGCAAGGGAGAAGAUGAUGGCCAGGUCCAGUUCGUCUUCUCAGACGAUUCUCUGGCUUCGCCUCUUGUUAUUCGUCUGAUCGCUUUGAACGUGGAUGAAUACCCGCAAGGUUCCGGUUUCUUGGCUUAUACCGAUGCCGAGUUACUUCCCAGAGCUGUCUCUAAGCUCCUUGAUGAUCUUCCCAGCUUAAGUCAAAACAAAUCCAUUCUUGACACACUGCAUCUCAUCUCAAGAAGAUUGGUCAAAGAACUCGCGUCAGAGAACAGCGACAGCUCCGACGUCGAGAUGACCGACGUCGACCUGGACGAAGACCUAGAAACCGAGGUAGCCGAUGAAGACGAUGAGUACGACUACGAAGACGACUUGAUCUUCGGACUUGGCUCCGCCUCCCCCUCGCUCCCGACAUCGACCAAUGCCCAGCAAGAGCGGCCCAAAGUCACUGGCCGUCUGAUUGAAGACCUUCGCAAAGCCAAGGAGGCCGGCUUCAAGAUUUCUUUGCUGUCAAAUGUUACGGAACAGGACGAGAGCUGCAUAUUUGCCCUUUCCCUUCCCGUUGCUCAUCUUGGUCUCAACGAGGAUGCUCUCGAGGCUUGGGAGGUGAACUCCUCAGACUAUAUUGUGCUUCUAUGCAAGUACGAUUAUAGAUAUCCUUGCGUGGAGACGUUUAUAGAUCUUGCGCCUGGUCAUCCGGCUACUAUGCAAUUCCGAUUCGGAAAGUGCGCCCGCUUCAAGCCCACUCUCAGCUCAGCUCUUACUGCGCUUAACCCAAGAUUCAACAAUGCACAAGGAAGCUCAGCGGAAAAUGUCCUGACGACCGAAAAGGUCCAGGAAGCAGCCUUCUGCUCCAUGCCUAUUUCAAACUCGAUCGACACUUUCAUGAACCAGCAGCUCGCAACGCUGCUCAAGAUUCGCUUGGCCCGCACCGUGUCUUGGGACGGCGCUACAGACCUGCUACGGAAGCUGACCAGAGACGCACACCUACGCGAUUCAAGAUCAGAACUGUACAACACGCCCCCUGGUGUUGACAAUGCUGAAGCGCAAGUGUCGACGACAGCUCGUGGUCUUCUCAACAAGGACUACGUGAUGCACAAUCCCAAGACCACAGGCCCCCUCCCACGAAAGGAACUCAGCGCGCCUCUGAUUGCUAUGCAGUUCGCCUUGCGUUACUUCGUCAAAAGCACCCAAUACUGCCUUGUCUGUCAUCAGAAGACUGACUCGGGCCUUGCUGCCCUGAAGCCAUACGUGUGCAGCGAGCCCCUUUGCCUCUUUCAGUUCAUGGCUCUAGGAUUGGGUCCCAGCAUUGAGCAUGAUAUCAUUGCUCGACCUUAUGUGGUUGACCUUCUGGUCAGCUUCUGCGCUGCCGCUUUGCAGGCAUCUCGGAUUCGUGAGUGGCCGGAAGGCCUGGCUAUCAAAGUACCUUUGAUGAGCUACCCCUCGACUCAAUCCAGACCAGCCGGGUCGUGGGCUGCUACCGGUGCAUACCAGCUCGGAGAGCCUUCAGUGCGUCGGCAAAUCAACCCUGCUAUUCCUGUGACAGCUCAGAUUUCGGCCGGCAAACUCAACCUCGACAACACACAAACCAUAGUGCUGAAGCCUGGGGAUAUGAUUAUUCUGGUCAAAUAUGCAAUGGAGGGCGUCCAGGGUAGCAAGGCCAAUGUCCAUCAUUGCCGCAUCAAGAAUGUUGACACCAACCUUAACGGCGAUGGCAAUAGCGGUGGCAGGGUGGUUGAAUUCGAUUGCAUUGUGUCGACUGACAGACAGCCGAACACCACGACGGCAGAACCGUUCAGGAGCGGAUCAAAAGCUUCCUCGUCGUCAGCUGGAGAGGCUGACUGCAGGCCUGAGGGAAAGAUCGAUGACGAAGUUGGUGACGCUGAAUUGUUUCUUUACGAACAUGACAUCGACGAUCUCGAACCAGCCUAUCAACGUGAGGCUCUGAUGCUUCUCGUGCAGACAAUUCCCCCCAUUAGAACUUUGCGAGAUUAUCUCAGGAGCCACCAGGGGUCGUUGUUGAGCGAAUGCAACAAGAUCUCCAGAUCCGCUCUUGCGUUACUCCGAUGGAUCGUUGCCUCAAAUAGGUCGUUCAUCGUACAGAUUGACCAGCCAGCGGACCUCGACAUCGGCGGCAUCUCAGAGACCGAAAAUCGACAACACGAGCGCUUGGUUGGCAUGACCGACGACUGGAUGCAGUUCCGCUUUGCACAAGGAUCUCCCGAAAAGGAGCAUCGUUUCAAGGUGGAGUUGGAAAAGCAGGGGAAACAUCCUUACCCUACGCUUUUCGGCUGGCACGGCAGCCAGCUUGGAAACUGGCACAGUAUCAUCAGGAGCGGCCUGGACUUCAAGGACACCCUCCACGGUCGUGCUUACGGCCACGGAGUGUACUUCGCCCGCGACUUCUCGACAAGCCAAGGAUACAGCAGGGUUGGCACAUCAUCUUGGAUUGGAUCUGAGCUGAAGCUGCACGCCGCUGUCAGCCUUUGUGAGAUUAUCAACCGUCCGGCUCAAUUCACGUCCACUGAUCCAUUCUAUGUGGUUAGCCAAGUCGAUUGGAUCCAGUGCCGCUACCUCUUGGCCCAACGGAUACAGCCAGAACCUCCACAAAAUCAGAAGGCCGCUUCUGCUCCGAAGGCUACUUCUGGUCUGGAGCCCGAAUACAUCUCUCAGGACCCUUCUGGUCAAAUCAAAGGGUUGAAUAACGGUUCCGUGAAAAUCCCAGUAGCUGCACUUCCUACAUGGCGUCAAAAACCGGCGCCUUAUGAUGGGUCUUCGUCUCAUGCGAUUGUUGUGGCCGAUAAUUCAGAUAGAAACCUUGAUGACGAGCCGGAUGAUCUUGAUCUGAUGGGACUCCGAGAGAGCCAAGACGAAGCAGAUCGUAUCAUGUUUGUCAAAGGUUCCGACCCUGACAAGAUGGACUUCGUUCCGGGUAGUGUUGAGUAUGAUUCACUACCUCAACUCCCUCUUCCUGGCUGGGCCUCGGACCAAGGAAGGAAAUUCCUUGGAAAGGAGCUUAGCAAGUUGCAGAGGUUGCAGGCCAGUACGCCUUUGCACCAGCUCGGCUGGUACAUCGAUUUCGACAACAUCACGAACAUGUUUCAGUGGAUCGUCGAGCUGCACAGCUUUGAGAAGUCUCUCCCUCUUGCACAGGACAUGAAACGCCACGGUGUGUCCAGCGUUGUUCUCGAGAUCCGCUUUGGCCGCCAAUUCCCACUAUCGCCCCCGUUUGUCCGUGUCGUUCGCCCCCGCUUUCUCCCCUUCUCACAGAGAGGCGGCGGACAUGUCACGGCUGGCGGUGCCAUGUGCAUGGAGCUCUUGACAAACAGCGGCUGGAGCCCCGCCAGCAGCAUGGAAAGCGUUCUCCUACAGGUGCGCAUGGCGAUGUGCAACCUCGAGCCUUUUCCGGCACGAUUGAUGGUUAAAACCACUGGGAGAUCAUACGACUACGGCGUUAAUGAGGCCAUCGACGCGUACAAGCGCGCGGCUGCCUCCCACGGCUGGCAGAUUCCUCCUGAUCUUGACAUGACGGCGAAUGCGCAGUGA